UAUGUAAAUCUUCAGUAAUUCUGCAUCAAAGCUACCUAAACUUCCAUUUCUGUCUUUCUCUAGCUCAAUUGUUUGCUUUGACGCGCUGAGCUCGGACAUGGCGUCGCGGUUCUUCUCUUCCCGAUCUAAAGCCCUAACCCUAACCAUCAACCGAGCUCUCAAUCCUUCUUUUUCCUCCCCCUCUCAGUGUCUGAACGGCCUCAACUCUAUAGACUCUUCCCUUCCUCCACCUACCGAUCGCCGAUCAGCCGGAUCUCCCUUCUUCAGUUCAUUCAGCUCCAGCAAGAUAUUUCCAUGGAGACCUCACCAAGUUCCAUAUGGCGGAUACACAAACUCUAUCGCUCUCCGCUCCUUUGCUGAGGCGCAGAGCAGAGGCAUGAAACAUCUCUCCCAAUCAACAACCACUGAGAGUAGUUUUAAGAAUUCUCCUGAAGCCAAGCAAGUGGAUGGGAAGAAUGUCAUCUCUUUCAGCCCUCUGGAAGGAGCCGCCAUUAGCCGGCGAGCCAGUGCUCUGGCCAAUGAAAGCUUGAAGAUAAAGAGAAGCGAACUCUCCCAGAGAAUCACAUUUGCACUCAUACCUGCCCUGCUACUUAUAUCGAAGAACAGCGUAACCACGUCGCUUCUCAUCUUCUCCGUCUACUGGCAGAUCUAUGGCUUCUUCAAGGAAAUAUUUCUGGAUUAUGUUCAUCAUGAGGUGACCCAAAAAUGGGUUCUUAUUUAUUUUCAGCUGCUGCUUCUGGUCCUCGCCAAGGACACCAUUCUCUGCUUUAAUUUGGUCUGAAUUAUGUUCUGCAAGUUUAUUGUGUGCUGGGUCUUAUACUACGCAAUAAUUUAUUGGAUGGCUUUUGUUUGGUGUAAGGAGGAUUUAUGGAGGCCUCCAUUCCUUAUUUUGUUUGGGAGGGGAUAUUGUCUUGAAGGCAUCCAAUGUUUGGUAAAUAAAUAAUAAUAAAUGGAUAUUGGUGUUUGUUACUAUAUAUAU